GCCUCGCGCGCCUCGCGCCCUCGCUGCGGUUGCCGCCGCCGUCGCCGGGAGAGCUGGCGGGCAUGGCCCAGCCAGCGGUGCCGCGCUGCCUCGGCCCGGCCGCGGCCAGCCCGUCGCGCAGCGCCGCACAAAGAGCGGAGGCCCGGUCUGCCUUUAAAGGCGGCAGCCUGGGACUUAAGGUGUCCCCGCGUGCCGGCCUCCGCGCUCCGGCUGCGUCUUGGACGCGUGCUGCAUGGAGAGCGCCCGUUCUCCGCGCGCCGGGCCUGGAGUCCACCUCUUUGUUUAUUUCCUGGGCUAAGGGGCUUGGGGGUUGGGAGGUAGGUACGGGGCUGUGGCUGCACGCUCUCCCAUCUCUGCUUACCGUGCUCCCCGAGCUGUGCGGCCCGCUUGGAGACCUCGGUUUAAAAAAAAAAAAAAAAAAUUAAAGGUGGCCGAGAAGGAAAGGGUUAACCGUUGUCUUUAAAUAUUCAUAUCAUUGUUUUAAAGGUGUAAACAGGCGGCUUCUGGGUUGAAGUGGACUGCUUCAUGCUAUGCACAUUUACUCCCCCCCCAUUAAUUACGAUUUCCCCAAGCACCCCCCUUCCCCCAUUUUCGCACACCCACCCUCCAAAAACUAAGUUUUCAAGGUUCGGAUGUGAGUGUGGAUGUGUGUCCCUCGUUCCAUUUCGAAUUUUAAGACGCCUGAGUGCUUUCUGGACUUAAGGUGUUUUAAACUUUUUUUCUCUUAAAAAUCUGGGAAAAUAGAAAUUACGUUUAAAAGGAAGUUAGUCGCUCAAAUUCCCCGCCUCUUUCGGGAAAGGGGGGGUCGGUAGGGCUGGAGGUAGGAAAAUAACUGGAUGCCUCGUGAGUUGGAUUUUUUUCCCCUCUGGUAGGAGUGAGGCGGUGUUAAGUGCGAGGCGUUUUGUGAGCAAAGCACUGUUGUUUUGUUCCAAACUCUUCCAAGUCAAAGUGCUAUUGGACUUUUCCUAACUCUGAAAUGGCUUCAGAAUUCCCCUCUGGGUAAUUUGCUUUGCUCUCCUGCCACCCUCCUUUUGCACAGGUGGUUUUCUUGGAGUCUUGGAAGGUUUAUUCCUGCAGAGUUGUAGGUUUCAAACCGAAAUGAUUGCUCGCCCCCAAACAUGUUUUUGUGAGGACAGUUUGGAUUACUGCCUAUACUCGGGCUUUGUGAGAUUUAUUUUAUUUAGUUAUUUUGUGUGUGUGUGUGUGUGUGUGUGUGUGUGUGCACGCGUGAGCGCCAGAGAGAGAUUUUAAAUGAGUGAUGUGCUUCCCAGGAGAUCAGAAACUCUAUAAAUGGGAAUUAUGUUCUUAAUCAUAAAUUUUAUAGGGGAAACUGACUCUAAAACUUGGGUGUUCGUAAUCUUAUGCCCAAUAAAAUAUCAAUCUGGAGGUUUGUAAAACCUGGGAGCACUUGUAAGAUUCUGGUUUAACCUCAGAGACUUCAGAUUUAGAAGGGUUUGCCCUAGAAACUUUUCACUGGUACCUAGUACCAUAAAUGCCAGUGAUUUAGUACAGUUUAAUUUCUCAUUUUCGGUCUGCAGUGACACCGUAAUGAGCAGGAGCAAGCGUAUUUAUUUUGUCAAUGAUGUGUGUGCACUGGUUGGUUGGGCAGGAUGUUUGCUUUCUAGGAAAGCGCUCUGCAUUAAAAUAUUAGAGAACUUUCCACUGCUUUCUUGGAGAAAAUUAAUCUUGCUGUGUUGAAAACAGCCAUUCCACUUUUCAAGUUGUGUUCUUUAGUGAGGCUUCCUUAGUUUUGGAUCAUCUUGUACUUUUGGCUGAGAGUAAAAACAUGUUUUUCUAAAAUUGAAUUGAGCAUCAUAAAGAAUUUCAUCAAAUGCGUUUCCAUCAGCAUCCUUUUGCUGCAGGGUGUCUGUCUAAUGGGCAUUUUAUUUUUCUCUGUGAGAUAAGAUAUUAAAAGAAGAUAUUAAAAGGUUUUCCAGAAAAGUGCCAUUAGCCUGGCCUUGUAAUUUCUAAACCAUAGUGCUCCUAGGUUGACAGAUGCAGUGACUAGAAGUUUUCUCUUGAUGCUGGCCGCCAGAGGAACCUUUGGGACUUACUGCUGAAGAUGGCCUUGUGUCAUGUGCCAGCUGGCACAGAGUGCCUUCUUCAGGGGAGGUGUCCUGGCUGCCCCUCAGAGCCACAGUUACAGCAACACAGACUCAGGUCUUCUCCCAUAGAAGAUGUCUGUGAUGGUACAGUCACUUUUUAAAAUGAUUUGUUCUGGUUUAUGCAUCACUGUCAUGAACUGUUGGGGCCUCUGAUCGCCCUGUGCCUGUGGUCUGAUGACUGCAGCUCUUUUCACACUUAUUUGUCACUGUCCUGUAUUCACUUGAUUCUUAGCAAGUACUGGUGAGAAUUCUUUUAAUGGUGUCUUUGUUUUUUGGCGCGACCUAGGUGGAUCUCUGAAGAAACCAGCCAGCUAGGAGAGGGAGGGGAGGAGCCCAGUUGUGAGGUGUGUGCGCCCCAGAACCAUGUCUACGCGGGAGUCCUUUAACCCGGAAAGUUAUGAAUUGGACAAGAGCUUCCGCCUAACCAGAUUCACUGAACUGAAGGGCACCGGCUGCAAAGUGCCCCAAGAUGUCCUGCAGAAAUUGCUGGAAUCCUUACAAGAGAACCACUUCCAAGAAGAUGAGCAGUUUCUGGGAGCAGUUAUGCCAAGGCUUGGCAUUGGAAUGGAUACUUGCGUCAUUCCUUUGAGGCAUGGUGGUCUCUCUUUGGUUCAAACCACGGAUUACAUCUAUCCUAUCGUCGAUGACCCUUACAUGAUGGGCAGGAUAGCAUGUGCCAACGUCCUCAGUGACCUCUACGCCAUGGGGGUCACGGAAUGUGACAAUAUGCUGAUGCUGCUCGGAAUCAGUAAUAAAAUGACCGACAGGGAAAGGGAUAAAGUGAUGCCCCUAAUUAUACAGGGUUUUAAAGAUGCAGCGGAGGAGGCAGGAACGUCUGUGACGGGUGGCCAGACGGUGUUAAACCCCUGGAUCGUGCUGGGAGGAGUGGCCACAACUGUCUGCCAGCCCAAUGAAUUCAUCAUGCCAGAUAACGCGGUGCCGGGGGAUGUGCUAGUGCUGACGAAGCCCUUGGGGACGCAGGUGGCCGUGGCUGUGCACCAGUGGCUGGACAUUCCUGAAAAAUGGAAUAAGAUCAAACUAGUGGUCACCCAAGAAGACGUCGAGUUGGCAUACCAGGAGGCAAUGAUGAACAUGGCGAGGCUCAACAGAACAGCUGCAGGGCUCAUGCACACAUUCAAUGCUCACGCUGCCACUGAUAUCACGGGCUUUGGAAUUUUGGGUCAUGCGCAGAACCUGGCCAAGCAGCAGAGGAACGAGGUGUCCUUCGUGAUCCACAACCUUCCUGUCCUGGCCAAGAUGGCUGCUGUGAGCAAGGCCUGUGGAAACAUGUUUGGCCUCAUGCACGGGACUUGCCCGGAGACAUCAGGAGGCCUCCUCAUCUGUUUACCGAGAGAGCAAGCCGCCCGGUUCUGCGCAGAGAUCAAGUCUCCCAAAUACGGGGAAGGCCACCAAGCAUGGAUUAUUGGGAUCGUGGAGAAGGGCAACCGCACGGCCAGAAUCAUAGACAAGCCCCGGAUCAUCGAAGUCGCACCGCAGGUGGCCACUCAGAACGUGAACCCCACCCCGGGGGCCACCUCUUAAUCUUGACCCAAGUAGCUCUUUGGUUUUGUUUUUAAAUAGAUCUAUUUCCUUUUUCAUCAUUUCAAUUAAAGACUAUAAACGGCCACAAAAAAAUCUCAUUGUGUCUACACAUCUGGUGACCUUAGGUCGAUUUGUGAGUGGAUGCAAUUAAUAAAAUAAAAUCCAUCGCCUUUUUUUCCUGUUACAUUAACUGAAGAUGCACCUAAUCUUGAGGCAGCUUCUGAGUUGAGAAUUAUAUUGUUAUCCAAUACUGUUGAUUCAUUUUGAAUCUUUAGACACUUAUCUCUUGCCGCAUAGGCUCUUUUUAAAGGUGCUUUCCCGUAGCACAGACAUGCCCGUCGUGGUGUCAGAUAGCAGUUGGUGUCUUUCCAUUUUGUGCGUAUUUAUCAUUCUCGGUCUGGUCUUUUGUAAGUGUCUUGGAUGGUAUUCUGGAAAGAUGGAAUUGGUAAGUGACACAUUGGUAUCCCAUGAGUGAGAGGGUUGCAUGGUUCCUUCUAGUCCUUGCUUUGUAAAGCCCGGUCUCCUCAUUCAAGAGUGUCUCUUUUGACCCAGGACAUUUCCCCAGUAGUGUAUUCAGUUCAGCAAGGCAAGUGCUUAACUCUGCAUGGAAAGCACUUUGAAGACAAAAAAAGAAAGCUAGUUUCUUUUUUUGAAGCCUUCCUAAUAUUUACAGUAAUACUAUUAACUGUUUUCUUUAUGGACAGCAAGCAAGGAUCCUUAUUGCAAUGUAAUUAGAUGUUCGCUAGUGCAACAAGGAAUCAGCCUUCCGGAAGGGGGUUUAUGUAUAAUACUCAUUUACAAUUCAGUCUAUAAUUAACUACACAAAUAAUUUUGAAAUAUAAUCAAUAAUAAAGACUGUUCUGUGGAUGGUAGUGGUUACUACAUUUUAUAUUUUGUAUAGUGAUUUCAGGCCUUUUGUUUUCCUGAACUCAGCAGUUCUCUAGCCAAAUUCUUAGCAUUAUUUUGUCCUUGGCGCCAGUACGUUUUUGUGCACGCUUUUUGUGAUCUGUGUUAAAAAUCUGCAUUGCCAACGUCGCAGCUCAAACUGAAACUUGUUAUUCAAAUAAAUAUUUAAUUUUUUUUAUUGCUCUUGUAUAAUCAGAUGCCCCCUUUAGUAUCAUUUGAGAAGCGUUGGGAGGGUUUUGGCUAAAAGUACAAUUUAUUGGGGAAAACUAGAUUUUAGUUUUAUAAAACUUUUAAGUCUUUCAUGGGACCUAUAUUUUCUUGAAUUAAAUUUUGUAGUGCUAGAACAAAUAGACGAUCUAAAAAGGUGUUUAUCUGUGUUACUUAAAAACAGAGGCUUCCUUCUAUUUUAACCCACUAAACCAUAAGGAGGGAUCGCGGUCAGUAAGCAGCGCGCUGACUCCUCGAGUGUCCGCCUGAGGGAAGCAGCCGCCGGCCCUGCGAGUCUCUGAUGCCUCCUGCGCCCGGGCACCAAAGCCGUGACGACAGAUCUUCUUGCCAAAGGAAGCCACCCCUGCGGAGAGGACACCCCCAAAGAGGCUUCCCUUUGGAUGCGCCCUCCGUCAGGAGCCAGAGGGCAGCCUUUUUGCAAGUGUAGCUGGAACUUGAGCCAUAAGUACGGUGUGCGGGACCCAAAAGGCUGCUUCAGAAUGGACAUUCGUUGGACGUUUUCUAGGGAUUUAUACAGAUGUUGGUCCUCAAAAGCUAAAGACCAGUGGUCGACAAAAAUAAAAUGUGUUGGAAACCUCUGAGUAAGGUGAA